AUUAGCUGCUCCGCACCGGCCACUGUCAGAUCUGGACCGUACAUUUUCUGUAGGCCUUGACAGUACAUAGGGGCUUUCUCUCUCUCUCUCUCCGCCCUAAUUUCGGAGAGUAGGGGCAGAUUCGGAAAUCGGAAAGCGAAACCGAAGACGAUGCUUCGUUCUCAUCUCUUAUAAAAAAAGUCGCCGAAGCCGUAGAGAGAGAAACAGCGAAUUUUUUAGAGAGAGAAAGAGUUCUAGAGAGAGAAAACGAACCAUGUCGGGUGGUAUUGCUCGUGGCCGUCUCGCUGAGGAGCGCAAGUCCUGGCGUAAGAACCAUCCCCAUGGUUUCGUUGCGAAGCCGGAGACUCUGCCUGAUGGUACGGUCAAUUUGAUGGUGUGGCAUUGCACAAUUCCUGGAAAGGCCGGCACGGACUGGGAGGGUGGUUACUUCCCACUGACACUUCACUUCAGUGAGGACUACCCAAGCAAGCCGCCAAAGUGUAAGUUCCCACAAGGUUUCUUCCAUCCAAAUGUUUACCCAUCUGGAACGGUUUGCCUAUCAAUUCUUAAUGAGGACAGCGGGUGGAGACCGGCUAUAACGGUGAAGCAAAUUCUUGUGGGCAUCCAGGACCUUCUGGAUCAGCCAAAUCCUGCUGAUCCUGCACAAACAGAAGGCUAUCAUCUCUUCAUCCAGGAUGCGGUGGAGUAUAAGAAGAGGGUUCGAGUGCAGGCCAAGCAAUACCCACCUCUGGUGUAAUGAUAAACAAGCUAUUCCCAGAGAUUUGGUACUUUGGUUAUUCAUCUUCCCCCUUUUAUUUAUUGCUAAGAGCACUUUUUCUAAGAGAUUGUUGUUAUUCGCAAUUGCUGAUUGCCGUCAAGUGUAGACUGCAUGGUGAUCUACUUUAACUGCAGUAUUGGAUUAACUCGUGUUGAUAUCAGUAAACUAGUAACUAGUUCUUUAUUGGUCUUGUUGUCUUCAUGCUAAUGAGGAACAUUCUCUAAAAUAUAGGAAAUUCUCAUAAGUUGUGUGAAUAUUUACUCUUGUUUGAUAAUUCAAGUCGCGCGUGUGUUCCGACUGUUGGUAUGCAUAACAGCAUUGUUAAUGCCACUUCUGUUUCUUCUGCCGCA